AUGAGUAAUUUUGUGAAUAUCCACAUUUUUGAAAACUAUCAAAAAUAUAUUGACAAUGAGCAGGAGAUGCGAGAGAAAAUCCGCAUAAUUGUGCGUGAAAUAGAAAAAUUGGCUAAAGAUGCAACCAUCCAGCUGCAGGUGAUACACUAUGACUUGACCAAAAACUUCCCAGUUGACUAUGCAUGUGCCAGUGCCCGCAAACAAAUUUCCGAAUGUGCUGAAGGUUAUAAAAAGCUGGCUGAAUUGAUACCUGUUGGCCAGUACUAUAGGUAUUCGGAUCAUUGGACAUUUAUAACACAACGUUUGAUAUUUUUAAUUGCCAUGGUGGUGUAUUUGGAAGCUGGCUUUCUUGUUACACGUGAAACUGUCGCCGAGCUCUUGGGAUUAAAAACAAAUCAAGCCGAUGGCUUCCAUUUGGACAUUGAAGAUUAUCUAAUGGGCAUUUUACAAAUGGCUUCCGAGCUGUCACGUUUUGCCACCAACUCUGUGACAAUGGGUGAUUAUGAUCGCCCCCUGAAUAUAUCACGUUUCAUGGCCGAUCUGAAUGCCGGCUUUCGUUUGUUAAAUCUUAAAAAUGAUGGUCUACGCAAACGUUUCGAUGCUCUCAAAUAUGAUGUUAAGAAAAUCGAAGAAGUUGUCUACGAUAUUAGUAUAAGGGGUCUGCGUAAUGGUACGGUAGCGGGAGAUGAAGCCGCAGCAGUACCACCUACAGCUGAAGCUGUAGCAGCAGGUGAUGAUAGUCCGUUGGAUGAAAAUAAAACAGAAUAA